AUGGAUUUAUCUAAAAAGAAUGUGAUUAAGCCUUUAAAGCAAGCAGUCAAAAUUAAAGGUUCAGAGGAAACUAACAGCCAUGAAAUUGUGCUCUUUGGAGGAACGAAUAGUAAUAUUCCUAAGGUCAGAGACCAAAAUGGAAGGAGGAUGGGAGAGAAGAAGGAAGCCAAGAGACAAUUCAAUAUAUUGGGACCAGAAUUAAUGCCCUACAGCCUAGGUAUUGAGACUGAAGGAGGAGUCACGGAACCGGUGAUUUCAAGUGGUUCUGACUUUUCUACUAAAAUUCUCAAGUUUCAAUUUAAAGAUGAGGGGAGAUUAACAAAGGAUGGUCAGGAGUCGGGGAGAUUUGAGUUAUCUGACAUUCCUCCUGCUCCAAGGGGAGUGCCACAAAUUGGGGUUACUUUUAAGGUUGACACAAAUGGACUACUACAUGUGAUUGCUGAGGACAAGGCAACAAAAGUCGCAAUUCAUUAUCUUUAA